UAUGUGUAUGUGUGUGUGUGUGUGUGUAGUCACGUCAUAUGGGAGGGCCAGGUUUGGGGAGCCUUCAGGGGGGAGUGGGGUAUGGCGGCGAGACACACACACACAAAUACACACUCACACACACACACACACACACACACACACACACAGGACCCAUCCCUCGGCCAGUCCUGCCUACCCUCCUAGCAGGUGACCCCACGGUCUUCACAUCCUCCACACCUCUCCUUCCAUCUCCUGCGACAUCCCCAGCUCCACAAGUCCUACAAAUCUCUCCAACACGUUUGUACACCUCUCUCCAGAAUCAAGUGAACUUGAGGUGUUGUCAGGAGGUGGUGUAGAUGUGGGUGUGAGUGUAUCCUCAGGUGUGAGUGUACCCUCAGGUGUGAGUGUACCCUUGGGCGCAGGUUCACCCCUGCCAGCAAUAAAUAGAGACCAACAUUACGGAAGAGAAUGACUUAAAACCAAAAUAGCUAAUUUUUGAGAUGACUUCACACACACCCUGGGACUUGUGUGGGUUGUGCUCAGAUGUUGCCCCAGACUGCGGCUCCCACAGCGUCCUACUGCCGCAGGAGUCCUGGCCGCGGGAUCAUGUGGCUGAGUACCUGCCUGGAGCACCUGCAGCGUCUCAAGCAGUAGGUGGAGCCUGGGGCAGCACCACCGCUGGUCUCACUGUAGGAGCCAUCGUCGUGGUGGAGGGUGGUCGUGUGUGCCGACGCAUCAGGAGGGAGGGAGGAAGAAGUUACGUCUGCAGGGUGUGUGAGAGACGCUUUCCCAGGGCGUACCUGCUGUUGGUGCACGAACGUACGCAUACUCCCUUCACGUGCCCCGUCUGCGGCCGCACCUUCCGCCGUUCAGAGCAUCUCAGGAUGCACAGGGAGACACAUGGGAACAAGAGACCUUCUUGAUCUUAUCUACUCUCUGGUCCAGGACUUUUACAAGACCUGUUCAAGACCUGUACAAGACCUGUUCAAGACCCAUCGCCUAACCUACCAACGACCUCUCCACGACCUGCUUAUUAUUAUUCUCCCCCCUCCCCCAUCAACCCCUACGACCUACCGAGGGUAGUGUCCGCGUCCACUGUAGUGUACCUACAGUGCUGGUUCUCGUACCAUUUGUCCAGAACAAUAGCGUGUCUUUUAUGGUACAAUAUUAUGCCCGUGACGGUUCCAUGUAUAAAACGGUACGGUCAGGUGUCCAUAGCAUUGCCAUGCUUAAACCGGCACGGUCGCGUGUCCUUGGUAGUGCCAUGUCUAAAAUGGUGGAGAUGCUUAUCCCCAAAUGGUACCAUGUGAGGUAAAGAAAGGUACAGUGGAAUGUGGUGAAUGGUGCCACAGUUGGGGUAGCAUACCACAUAGUACCGAGGUAUGGUGAUUUUUUCCCAGGUCAAAUACCAUGACCCCCCAUACUCUAGAUGUGACCUUUAAGGAAAUGCUAUGUACUCACUCACACACACACACACACACACACACACACACAAACACACACACACACACACAC